ACUGGAACGCUCCCUACGCCGGGGCGAGGUCUCCCAUUCUCCCUCUGGGGCUCAGCUCUUUCCAUCCCCCCCAAACUGGUUUUUCGAGUCAUUUUUUUCAUGCAGCUCCAUCUCCGCGGGGAGGAGCCUCCCAGAGCCGCUCCUGGGCUCUGCCUCCUUCCCCUGAGUCCCUCGUCCCAUCCCCGCAGCCUGCAGCACCGCCGCCCCGACAGCUCCAGCAUCGCGGCCGCAGCCUCUCCAGCAUGUUCAAGGCGGUGGGCAAAGGCUCCCCGAGCAGAAAUGCCCCCAGCAGAGCUUCUCCAGCCAAACCCAACAAGUCCUCGAGCAAUGAGCUGGCCGUGCUCAUUGCCCGCAUGCAGACCAAUGCUGACCAGGUGGAGAAGGACAUCCUGGAGACGCAGUCCCUGCUCGCACAGGAUGUCAGCAAUGAGCAGAAGAACAAAGCCUUCGAGUUCCAGGCUGAGAAUGCCAGGAACCUCAAGGAGGCAGAGACGCUGCUGAAGGACCUCUUCUUGGACGUGGACCGUGCCAAGAGGCUGAAACACCCCCAGGCUAACGAGAUAGAGAAAGACAUCCAGCAGCUCCAUGAACGUGUGACACAGUUGUGUGCAGAGUAUCGGGACCUCUAUGAGAAACUGGACAUCCCCGAUAUCGGGCCCAGGGUGGACUGGACAAAGAUUCUGGACCAAAAGAUGAAACAAGUCAAUGCAGGACAGUACGGCCCCGGCAUGUCAGAGCUGGAGAAGCAAAUAGCAGAGCACAACAUCCUCCAGAAGGAGAUCGAAGCCUAUGGCCUUCAGAUCAAGAACCUGCGCUGCAGGGAUGUGACAGAUCUGAAAAGCCAAUACAAGGACUUGCUGAAAGCUUCUAUCUGGCGAGGGCAGAGCCUGGGCAGCCUGUACCACCACCUGCAGGGCUGCACCAAGGAGCUGGGCUACCUGACGGAGCAGCAGACCCGCAUCCUGAAGCAGGACUGGAGUGACCAGAUGACAGACGUGCAGAGCAUGCGACGGGAGUACGAGGACUUCAAGUCCAAAGAACUGCUCAGCCAGGAGGAGUUUGUCAACAACCUCCAGGACGAUGGGGACAGGAUGAUUGAGCUGAAGCAUCCCGCUGUCAAACCCAUCCAGGCUCACCAGGAAGCCCUGAAGAAUGAGUGGCAGAACUUCCUGAAUCUCUGCAUUUGCCAGGAGAGUCAACUGAAAAGCGUGGAGAACUACAAGAAGUUCCAGGAUGAUGCUGAGACUGUGAGCCGCUCCCUGAAGAAGAUGAGCUCCGAUCUGGACACCAAAUACACCAAGUUCAACAAGGACAGCCCUGGCGUGGUGUCGGAUCUGCUGCUCCAUCUGGAGAAUGAUGAGAAGGCAGUGAAGCAGGCAGAGAAAAGCAUCGCUGACCUGAAAAAGAGGAGCAAGGAGAUCAGCCCUCUGAAACUGCGCAGGAUGCGUUCCUCCCAGCCCCUCACCUUGGACACCCUGUGUGACUGGGAUGCAGGAGAGGUGCAGCUGACCAGAGGUGACAAGUACACCCUGAAGGACAACAGCAACCCAGAGAUGUGGGUGGUGCAGAGCAGCACUGGUGUGGUCCAGGAGGCCCCUUCUGCUUGCUUCUCCAUCCCUCCGCCGGACCCUGAGGCCACAGACAAGGUCAAUAGGCUGGAAGCGGAGCUGAACGCGGUGAAGCAGAAGCGAGCAGCAGCUCAGAGCGUGCUGAGACGCAGCCAGAAGGAGACGGCGCAGCCCAGCCAGCAGGUGCUGCCCAAGAGCACUCCUGUAGUCCAGGAUGACCCCCAAGCCGACCAGCUUCUGGGUAGCCUGGAUCGUGUUGGCAAGGACCUGGUCCAGGUAGAGAAGGAGGUCCUGAACCGAGUGAGGUCCCCAGUGAGCUACACUGACCCCACUGAUGACCUGGCCAGGAGGAUCAAACAGCAGCAGGAAACAACAAAGAAACUUGAGAGCCUGGGGGCAGCCAAGGAUGCCUUGCAGAAGGAGUGUGAGACCUAUCUUUCCAAAAAGCCCACCAGCACCUCGGCUUCCCAGCUCCCCGUCACGCUGAACGCCCUCAGGAGCAAAUACAGCGAUGUCAGCAUGCUCUCCAGCCUGUACGAUGAGAAGGCUAAGGCUGCCCUGAACCUGGAGACUCAGAUUGAGAACACAGACAAGAUUGUCAGCACAUUUGAGGCUAAGCUGGCUCAGGAUAGCAUCAUUCCUGCAUCUCCCAAUGCCCUGCAGGACCGAGCCAAUGACCUGCAAAAGAUGAAGCGGGACCUGGUGGCCCAAGAGGGCUGCGUGCUGAAGCUCAACCGCGGGCUGAAGGAUGCUGAGCACAGCUGCAGCGCCGUGCAGAACAACUUCCAGGAGUACUGCCCUGACCUGCCCCGGCAGAAGCGUGAGGUGCAGCUCCUCAAUGACCGCUACCACGCUGUUGCAGACCAGCUGGACCAGCGAGAGAAGACCCUCCGAAAUAUCAGCCUCACCUACCAGCAGUUCCAGAACUCCAAUGAGAACCUGAUGUUCUGGAUGAACAACCUACCCAAGAACCAGGUGAAGACGACAGAUGGGCCAAGCCAGAUCAAUUACAAGCUGCAGGCACAGAAGAGACUGCUGGAGGAGAUUGAAAGCAAGGAGCCUGAGAAGAACGCCGUGGUCAGACUGUCCCGGAGUGUGCAGUCCACCCUCAAUGACUAUGAGCUCCAGGCAGGCAAAUACAGCUCUUCUCUGGACCCUGCCCUGACAGACUUUGCUGCCAAAAGGCUGCGGGUGACCCCUCUGCAAGAAAGCAUCCAGGCCCAGGAAAAUGAUGUAUCCAAGCACUACAUGGAGCUGGCAGCAGAAAACAGACAGCAGCUCAGCCGGCUGGAGUUUGCCAAGAAGAUUGUUGAGAAGAAAGAAGUGCAUGAGGACAUUCAAAGUGUGCGUGAGCAGACCCAGCAAUCUGCAAGCAAAGCUGUGUCGAGCAGGGAAUCUGAAGGGCUGAAAUUGCAGCUGGAGGAGGAGAGGAGGAACGUGGCCAGGAUUGAAGAGGAUCUGGAGGAGCACAGGAACAAGCUGCUCACGCUGAAGACUCAGAGACCCAUCGAAAGAGUGGAAGAAAAGGAGGUGGUGGAAUAUUACAGAGACCCACAGCUGGAGAGCAACCUGAACAAGAUGAUGCGGCAGAUCGAAGAGGAAGGCAGAAAGAGGCAGAGCCUGCAAGAAGACAUCGAGCUGAUGAGCAGGAAGCUUGCCCAGAUGGAGAGUGAGAAGAAGGCUGUUCCUGCCCAGCUCCUCACCAAAGAGAUAACAAAAAUUGAGAAAGAUCCCAGCCUGGAUAGCCAGGCAGCCAGCCUUCGGCAGGAGAUCAGGCGUCUCCAGGAAGAAAGCUUGGCUGCUGCUUCUGAACUGGAGCAGUGUAAGAGAGAGCUGCACAUGCUAGAGAGAAAGCAGCCCAACAUCCGAGAGAAAGUGGUGGUGAAGGAGCUGAUCAAAACAGAGAAAAACCCAGAGAUGCUGAAGUCUGUGAGGAACCUGCAGCUACAGAUUGAUGAGGAGUCCUUCAAAAGGAAGUCUGCAGAGGAAGCGAUUGUGAAGGUAAAGACCAAGAUUGAGGAGGUGGAAAAACUAAUUGAUGCUGCAGAACCCAAAAUUAUUGUGAAGGAGGUGAAGCAGGUAGAGCAGGAUCCGGAGUUAUUGAAAGAGUCUUCCAAGCUUAAAACUCUGAUUGAAGAAGAGAGGAACAAGAACUUGGCGCUCAUGGGUGAGCUGGGAGAGCUGCAAAGCCAGUGCAGCAUUGCAGAGAAGCAAAAACCAAGGGUGGAAGUUAAAGAGAGAGUCAAUGAGAUUUUCAUGGUGGAUCCCGAAACAGAGAAGGAAAUUGCACACCUGAAAAGAGAGCUGCAGGAAGUUACUCUGAAAAGGACAAAGAUCGACAGCGAGGUGGAGGAGGCCUUGGCAGAGCUCAGUGUCCUCAGGUCACAGAAACCAGAGGUGGAGCUUAAAGAGGUUAUAGAGGAGGUGGUGAAGCAUGAGAAGAGUCCUGAAAUUCUUAGAGAAAUCGACAGGCUGAAACAGCAGCUGAAUGAACUAGUGAACACCAACGGCAGGACCCAAGAGCAGCUCAUCAGGCUGCAGGGUGAGAGGGAUGAAUGGAAGAGGGAGAGAUCCAAGGUGGAAACGAAGCUGGUCAACAAGGAAGUCAUCCGGUAUGAGAACGAUCCGCUGUUGGAAAAGGAAGCUGACCGCCUCCGUCAAGAAGUGCGCAGCAUGGCUCAAAAGAGGAGAGCUGCAGAGGAUGCUAUUUAUGACCUGCAGAAUAAAUACAUGCUCCUGGAGAGGAGAAAGCCGGAGGAAAAGGUCAUCGUCCAAGAGGUGAUUCUAACUCAAAAGGAUCCCAAGCUCCGAGAUGAGCACAACAGGCUGAGCCGGAGUCUGGAUGAGGAGGUGAGCAACAGGCGGCGUCUGGAACGCGACGUGCAGCAGCUUCGUGCGCUGGUGGAAGAGCAAGAGAAGCUCCUCAACUUCCAGGAGGAUCGAAGUAAGAGGCUUGCACUGGAGAAAGAGAUGAGGCAAAUUACCUUGAGAAUAAAGGAGCUGGAGGAGAGCCCGGCCCCAGUGCAAGAGAAGAUCAUUAUGGAAGAAGUGGUGAAAUUGGAGAAGGAUCCGGUCCUUGAGCAGUCUGCCAGCAACCUGCGCCUGGAGCUGGACCGGGAGAAGAUGGAGGUGCUGAACUUGCAGAGAGAGUGCAAGAACCUGCAGAUGCAAGUUGAUGUCCUCCAGAAAGCAAAGUCCCAGGAGAAGACCAUCUACAAGGAGGUGAUUCGGGUGGAAAAGGACAGAGCGCUGGAGAGCGAACGCACCCGCAUCUGGGAACAGCUGAGCAGGGAGAGAGGGGCCAAGCAGAAGGCAGAAGAGGAGGUAAGGAGGCUCAGGGAGAAGAUCGAGAGAGCUGAAGGCAUGAAGAGGACGUGGGCUCGGGAGGAGACAGAGCUGCAGAAAGCCAGGAACCUGGCAAUCCAGGAGAGAGCCAGCCUGGAGAGUGAGCUGCGGGAGCUGGAGAGGCAGAAACAGCAGAAAGUUCUUUUCCUUCGGGAAGAGUCCAAACUGCUCAACCAGAGGACUGAGAGUGACCGGCAGAAGAAGAAGCAGCUGGAACAGGAGUUUUCCAUGCUGGAGGCAGAUAUCCUGAGGGAGAAGGACCAGAUCUACAACAAGGAGAGGUUCAUUCGAGAUCUCCGGUCAAGAGUCAGCAGGGAGGAAAUAAAUCACGAGACCCAGAUGAGAGAGACCAACCUCUCCACCAAGAUCUCUAUACUGGACCCUGAGACGGGGAAGGACAUGUCCCCUUACGAGGCCUAUAAGAGAGGCAUCAUAGACAGAGGCCAGUACAUCCAGCUGCAAGAGCUGGAGUGUGACUGGGAGGAGAUCACCAGCCUGGGCCCAAACGGAGAAGUCUCGGUCCUGCUGGACAAGAAGAGUGGGAAGCAGUACUCCAUCGAUGAUGCACUGCGGCUGAGAAGGAUCACAAAGGAGGAGUACCAGCUGUACCGGGAUGGCAAGAUUCCCAUCUCUGAAUUUGCCUUGCUGGUGGCUGGGGAAUCUAAGCCUCCCUCAUCCCUUUCUAUUGGUUCCAUCAUCUCCAAAUCCCCAAUCCAAUCCCCCACUACCCCGCAAACCCAAAGCUUUUUCCCCCCAGGCUCACAGAAGGGCUUCAGUGAUGACACGUCCCCCAUCGCCGGGGUGUACGAUACCACCACUGACACCAAGUACAACAUCAAGACUGCUGUUACAAAGAAGCUGCUUGAUCCCAUGACUGCUCAGAAGCUCCUGGAAGCCCAGGCUGCCACGGGAGGCAUCAUAGACCUCCUUUCUCGGGACCGGUUGUCGGUCCAUAAGGCAAUUGAGCGGGGGCUGAUCGACAGGACCUACAUGCAGAGACUGCUCAACGCCCAGAAAGCUUUCACAGGGAUUGAGGAUCCAGUGACCAAGAGAAGGCUGUCUGUGGGGGAAGCGGUUCAGAAGGGAUGGAUGACCAAGGACAGUGCCUUCCCCUAUUUGGAGGUCCAGCAUCUAACUGGAGGGCUCAUUGACCCCAAGAAAACCGGUCGCAUCCCCGUGCUGGAAGCUGCCCAUAUGGGCAUGAUAACGGGUGACCUGGCCAACAGGCUCCAGGAUGAGUCCAGCUAUGAGAAAGACCUCAUCGACCCCAUCACUAAGGAGAAGAUAAAUUACAAGGAGGCCAUGGCUCUCUGCCAGAAGGAUUCUCUGGGCAGCCUGCUGCUGCUCCCAGCCGCAUCAGAGGGCUACCAGCCCUACCGCUCCCCCAAGCUCUCGCGGUUCAGGCACUGAACGGAUCGGUCCUUUCAGGAGUUCAUCCCUUCAAAGCAUCUCUCCCUGCGGAAGCAGCAGCGAUCACGGGAAUGGAGCAUCUAGCAUUUAGAGCUGCAUACUCUUCUAUCUUAGCUAUCCCUGCUUCCCAACACAGCUUGGUCGUGUGAGGAAGAAAGCGUGAUCGAACACAUGCAAGGAGCUGGGCACGCAGGUCCCACUGUCCCCCAGGGUUGCUGUGGCAGCAGAAGGGGUUUGCUUGCAAGAACUCUGAUGGCAGUAGAU